AAAAUGAAGCAAGUGACGUGGGUUUCUGUUCUUCUACUUUUCUGUGUUCAAGGUUUUUUAACCGCAGAGGCCGGGGAAGAUUGGGUCUCCUUAAUUAUUGGUGGCCUUGGAGGAGGAAUAGGCAAUGAGUUAAUUACUGCUGAGAGUGUCUGCAAUGGGAACGAAGCAACCCCUAACAUCCCUCCAGCAGAAUUUGGAUACAUUUUCGGUUGGUCUGCAGCACUCUUCUCUAGUAACAUGGAGAAGGGAGAAAUCAUGCUUUGUGGUGGAAAGGACACAAUUGAAUCUAAGAAAUGUUACAACUUACCUGUAGGAUCCAGUAGCUGGAAAAGAGAUGUUUGUGAGCUGGAGAGAGAACGAAUAAACGCCAACAUGUUUUCCACUUCCGAUGGAAAAAUUGUUAUCUCUGGAGGAUAUUCUAGUAAAGCUGGCUGGUUGAAAGAUGUUCAAAUGCUACAGAGCUAUGAUCCAGAUUGCACCUCAAACUGCUGCCAGUGGGAUAAUAUUGGAACUAUUGAUGGGAAAGGAGUUUACUCACAUUGUGCUCUUCAGUAUGACGAGGAUCAUUUUGUCUUCAUGGGUGGCAAUACAUGGGAUAGUAAUGGUCAAUAUGAUAUUGCUGAUGUUCAAAUUUUCAACUAUAAAACUGGACAAUGGACAAAAGGAAAGGACAUUCCAAUUCCCAGACAAGGGCAUGGGUGCAUCAAAACAACUCAUAAUGGAAGGGAUGGAAUAAUGAUUGCUGGAGGGUUCUGCAAUGGAAACCCCAACCAUCCUGACUGCUAUCAACUACGCCUUGACUCAACCAUGUUCUAUGAUUUUGAAUCAGACGAAUGGACCGAACUAUCUCCUUUGAACAAUGCUAGAGACGGACUUGUCCUCAACAAUGUCGAGGGAACUAUCAUGGCCAUUGGUGGUCAGUACAGGGGAGCACCAGUUGAGAUCAUUGAAAAAUGGAACGGAGAUAGCUGGGAGGAAUCUAUCUCUCUGAAGGACAAGGUUUCCAGCUUUGCUAAUGUGCAAGUUAAGAAGACUGAUUACAAGUGUUAAAUCUGUUCAAUAAAUUAAUCAAUCAAUUAAUAAAUCGUUCAACCAAUUAAUAAAUUAAUAUUACGCA